AGAAAAGCAAAGCAAAACUUUUUCUCUGAAACAUCUUUUUUAGUUAACACAGAACCCAGUGUCAAUAAAGUCAUGAUAGACCAAAACUUGCUUGAACUUUCUCAUUGCUGUUCAUUCUUGCUUACGACAAAGAAAAACAAAACAAAAGUCACCCCUUCAACUUCAUUUCCAAUUUCUGACUUAAGACUCCUUCAAGAAGAAUUAAAACUGAAAGAGUCCAACAAGGUCUUAACCCUUAACCCAGAACGGUUUUCACAAGAGAGAGGGUUUCAAUGUGACAGACAGAAGCUAUAUAUACAGAUCUUUGAUGGGUUUUUUCCUUAGAUGUUUUUGAGUUGUUUGUAAGAUUUUUUUGAAGGUGCUUGAAGAUGGAUGGUGGGGGAGGUGGCCAAUCUUCUCAUCCUCAAAGCAUGAGCAUCAGAAAAUUUGUGUGCCAUGCGGGUGCUGGUGCCACUGCAGGUGCAAUUGCAGCCACUUUUGUCUGCCCUUUAGAUGUAAUCAAGACAAGGUUACAGGUCCAUGGACUCCCUGAAGCUUCACAAUCUGGUGCUAGAGGCAGUGUCAUUAUAACAAGUCUACAGAAUAUAAUAAAAAAUGAAGGGUUGAAGGGGUUGUAUCGUGGACUUUCACCAACAAUACUUGCUCUACUUCCAAAUUGGGCAGUUUAUUUUACACUCUAUGAGCAACUAAAAGGCCUACUCACUUCACUAGAUGAUAAUGGUGGGCAACUAACAAUUGGGGCAAACAUGGUAGCUGCUGCUGGUGCUGGGGCUGCCACAGCCAUCACAACAAACCCAUUAUGGGUUGUAAAGACAAGACUCCAAACACAGGGAAUGAGGACAGGUGUGGUUCCCUAUACAGGUGUACUUUCUGCUUUACGAAGGAUUGUACAUGAGGAAGGCUUGCGAGGGUUGUAUAGUGGAGUCUUGCCUUCUUUGGCUGGGAUUAGUCAUGUUGCGAUUCAGUUUCCAGCAUAUGAAAAGAUCAAAUCCUAUAUGGCAGAAAAGGAAAAGACAACUGUUGACCAUCUAAGUCCUGCUGAUGUUGCAAUUGCCUCAUCAAUAUCAAAAGUGCUUGCCUCUAUUAUGACUUACCCACACGAGGUUAUUCGCUCAAGGCUUCAAGAGCAAGGGCAGGUCAGAAAUGAGGUCCAGUAUGAAGGGGUGAUUGAUUGCAUUAGGAAGGUAUUCCAAAAGGAAGGUGUUCCAGGCUUUUACCGUGGCUGUGCUGCCAAUCUACUCAGAACGACACCAUCAGCUGUUAUCACAUUUACCAGUUACGAGAUGAUGCACCGAUUUCUGCAACAGGUUUUACCUCCGGACACAAAAAGUUCGGAGGCCUGCCCUAAGUCUGAUGGCCAGGUGAAGUCCCGGCCAGAUAAUAGGGGAAAUGUGGAAGACAAUAAACAAUCACAAACCCACUCAAAUAAGAUUACACCUUCGAUCCCUUUAGGGAACAAAUAACAACAGUUAAAUGUUGAUUUUUUAUUUUUUAUUUUUUUCUGUUUUCCUCUUUCCCCCCAACCCUACUUACAUUUUGUUGGAGGAAAUAUUUCGUAACAGAAAAUGAAAGCAUAUUACUCAAAUGAUUAAGUGAAUGAAAGUGUAAAUUUUUAUUGCCUUAUUUGUUAGUGCAAAUGCUUAACUUGUUGGGAAUAAACCAACGAUUUUGAUCCUUUCAAAGUUGCAUUCUGUCAGAUUGAUGUGAGAACUGAGAAGCAACUCUAUCAGGUGCAACGGUGUAA